GCGUUUUAAUGAAGCAUGACGGACGAAAACACCGCCGCUCCAUAUAAAACGUCGUCGGGGAAGCAUUGCGUGGUAUACCAGUGUACAAAUAACAAAAAAAAAAAAAAAACGAGGAAGACUGCUCGUCACUACGUGCAAUGCGCACGACUGCCUACGUAAGGAAUGCCGGUGCGGUAUCUUCAGCCUCCACAGAUUUCCUAGCGCGCCAAGCAAACAGUCAAUUCGACAGCAAUGGAUUGUAGCAGUGAAAAGGGUCGGCUUUGUACCAACGAAAAAUGCCAGGGUUUGCUCGAUUCAUUUCGUCGAUGGAAAGCCCACAGAAGAGAAACCAGUGCCCCAGCUUCAUAUGGGUUACAGCAGAAAGGAGAAAGCUGGUACGACACAUGGGGAAUCAGAGGAGACAGGAUCCACUUCAUGAAAAACAAGAUCUAAACAGAAAUGCCACUGAAGCCAGUACAAGUGGCAUGCUGCUCACCCGCUGCGAGUCUCUGGAAGACACUAUGUGUGAAUCAGUGGAAGACGCAAUGUGUGAAUCUGUGGAAGACUCUGUGCGUGAAUCUACGAAAUACACCGUGUGUGAAUCUGCGAAAGACACCGUGUGUGAAUCUGCGAAAGAAACCGUGUGUGAAUCAGCGAAAGACACCGUGUGUGACUUUGUGUGUGACAAGAAUGCUAGGUACUCUUCGCAAACAUUAGAAUAUCAGGCAAGCCAGCAGGAGUCACCUAGACAAACAGAUGAUUCAAGCAGCAAUAUUACUACAGAAGAGCAUGACACAUUGGACAGUGUCUGUACAGCUGUGGGAACCGUAUCCUGUAGCCAGCAUCAGAAUACAAGACAGGCUACAGAUUAGAGGACGCAAGUUUUGCCCGAACUUCGAGGUCAGGGGACGCAAGUUUAGCCCAAACUUCGAGAUCAAGGGACGCAAGUUUUGCCCGAACUUCAAGAUCAAUCAACGCAGUGGGAAGACCUGUGUCUGCAAAUUGUAAUGGAACAUUCUUACUGCAGCAGAGAUGAAGAGGCACCAGUGUGUGUAUCUACACAGACACUCCCGCAAACAGCAGCUGAUACAAUGUCAAACAGUGACUGCCAUUUUUACACAGGCCUGUGCCUGGAAAUGUUUCUCAGAUUAGUGAUGGCUGUAAACAAUGUCGCUAAGCCGGUUGGCACUAAAGUUGCCCGGCUCUAUGACCAAGUCUUGUUCACUCUAAUGAGGUUAAGACUUGGCUUGCUCUAUGGAGAUCUGGCUCGCCGGUUUAACAUUUCUACGACUCUUGCUGGAGACAUAUUUCGUGCUACAUUGAAAGUACUGUCAAGGUUGCUAAGAAAGACUAUUGUAUGGCUACCACGCGAUGUGAUCCAGCGAGAACUACCACAGUCGUUCCGAAGCAGUAGCUACUCAAAUACAACGUGCAUCAUAGACUGCACUGAAGUGUAUCUCCAGCGGCCGAAGCAGUUGUAUGCAAGGGCACAGACAUAUAGUAAUUACACAGGACAGAAUACUGCUAAAUUUCUUGUAGUUAUUGCACCACACGGACAUGUGAUGUUCGUUUCCUAUGUGUAUGGUGGACGGGCAUCGGAUAACGUCAUUUUGCAAGAAGCUGACCUGGAUAACUACCUCAACCAUGGAGAUGAGGUUAUGGCGGACAGAGGCUUUGCACUGACCCCUGAGCUAUUUGCGAAAGGCGUGCAGCUCAACGUUCCAGCCUUUACAUGAGGCAAGUCACAGUUGUCAGAGAACGAGGUUACAAGAACAAGGCGUAUCGCAACACUUCGCAUACACGUUGAGAGGCUGAUCAACAGAAUCAAGUCGUAUAGAAUCUUGAAAGGAACCCUCCCAAUAUCACACAGAAAAGCAUUGGAUGAUAUUGUUACAGUUUGUGCAGGACUGUCCAACCUCAAGGGUGCACUAAUCUCAAAACGUACUUAGAAAGAUGAGAACUGCAAUAAGCGAAGACAUUGAUGUACAUCUCAA